AUGGUCGCACUGCGUCAUAUGAUGCGCUUUCUGGGUGGGGACGAGGAUGCCUCUGUGAGCGAACCAAGUACAGGUGUGCUGCCCAUUCAGGUCAUCGUGCCUCAGACAGAGAGGAGCACAACUCUUUUUGCCUCAGUCAUCUUGCGCUGUGAUUACACCACCUCGGCCAGUAGUCAAGAUGUACUCGUCACCUGGCGUUAUAAGUCUUUCUGCAUGGACCCUGUGCUAGAGUACUACUCCACAGCAUACCAGUCUGCCCUGCAGCUGGGCCAAGAUCCUGCCAAUGACUGUCCAGACCGCCAGAGGACCGUACGUACGGUCAUCCAGAAGAGGGGGACCAAUGAACCCACACUGGGCUCAGACUACAGAGAGCGCAAGAUCACCAUCCAGAACAAGGCUGACCUGGUCAUCAAUGAGGUUAUGUGGUGGGACAAUGGGGUUUACUUCUGCUCUGUCGACGCUGCGGGGGACACCACCGGGGACUCUGACAAAGAAAUCAAGCUCAUCGUUUACCAUUGGCUGACAGUGCUGCUCAUCAUUCUUGGGGGCAUACUCCUCAUCAUUCUCCUUGGUGUGUGCUGCUGCCAGUGCUGCCCUCAGAAAUGCUGUUGUUAUGUACGCUGUCCUUGCUGUCCACAGACCUGCUGUUGUCCCGAGAAAGCGGUAAUGCAGCACAGGCUGAUGAAGGAGGCCCAGAAAGCCAUGACGCCCUGGCUGAAUGGUCAGCCUGUCUACGCUCCUAUGAGCAACCACAGCUCCUCUUAUCAAAUGAACCCAAUGCUGUAUGCAGGCUCUGCAUCAGGCAAGAUUCCAAUGACCCCCAUGCCACUCCCCCCUCCACAGCCUGUUGCCAUGCCGCCUCCCAGUAUGCACGGUAACGGCAGUGCAUAUGGUAGUGCAAAGGGCACUAACCACAUGCUGGACUACUUGGAGAGUCAGGUGAGGGGCAUGGACGUCGCCAGCCCUCUAGUCCCUCAGCAUGGCAUUCCUCUACAGGACAUGCCCCCUCCUCCCAAGCACAUGCCAAAGAACGUGCCCUUCUCCGCCGGCCCGCCCAGCAUGCUCUCCGCGUUGGACGACCGCCCUGUCAAUCGCCGACCUCCUCCCGGAUCCGGCGGCCGGCCCCCGACCCGCUCCAGCGGCUCUUCCGGUUACGUCCCGCGCCGCGACGACCGGCGACCGCCGUCGCCCACGAGGCGCGGAAUGGUGCGCAGCUACAGCCAGGAGGACAUGCUGGACGACAGGAGCAGGUACGGAGCGGCCGGCGGCAGGGACGGGUAUCGGCCCCGUUCCCGUUCCCGCGACGACCUCCUGGGAGACAUUCGGAGGGAAGAAGGCAGAGGACACAGAGGCUACUCUCCCCAGCGUCGGGGGUCCUGGAGCGAUGACGACAGCAGGAGAGGAGCACGAGGUGGGAGAGGGGGAGACUGGUCGGACACUCCGCCCAGCUAUAGAGAGUAUGAGCCAGACUACAAGCCAGGAAAACGCUCCACCGACAAGAGCUCACGCAGCGGCAACAGCAUAGUGAUCUGA